AUGCAGUAUGCCGGGGCCAGCGACCCCUUGUACUGCCGGUGCUUCCCCAUGAGCCUCGGAAAAGGACCCAUGAACUGGUUUCAGAACUUACCGAGCAACUCCCUGCACGACUGGAACAGGGUUGUGUCCUGCUUUUUAUCCCAGUACUCCUCGGUCCGCAGUAUACCUAAGACCGCGCAAACCUUGGCUUUUGUUAAGCAGAAAGAGAAGGAGUCUCUGAAGGCUUUUCUCAAUCGGUUCAACAAAGAGGCUGGUGACAUCACCGGGCUCCUCCCCGACACCAGGUUGGUCUUGGCUACCGCAGCUCUCGCUCCAGGUCCUUUCCUAACCUCGCUGGUUGGCAAACCGGCCAACACUCUAGAGGAAUUUCUAGCCCGGGCAGAGAAAUUCAUAAACAUGGAAGACGCUGCGGCCCUAAGAGCCGCGAGUCAGACACUCGCGAUCAAAGGACCGCAGAAGAUGAAAGAGCAUAAAGAUCAGCCUUCGACCCGGGAGUCCCGACGGAAGGGUCAGGACGAACGGAAGCCGAAGCGGAAGAAGUAUGAUAGUUAUACCCCACUGAACUCCUCCCUCUCGCGUAUCCUGAGAGAGAAGGCCUCCACCGACCUCAGGGACCGCCCCCCUCCACUUCUGACGAGAGGGGACAAGCUGGAUUCUAAGAGAUUCUGUGAAUUCCACGACAGCCCGGGCCACAACACGGACGAGUGCCUGAACCUCAAGGACAAGGUGGAGGAACUGAUCAGAGCAGGCAGGUUGUCCAGGUAUGUAGCUAUGUCGUCGGGUGCCCUCCCGCGCCCGCGCUCGCCACCCCCGAGGCGAACACCAACCCCUCCAAGGCACCGUGCCCGAACUCCUCCCAAGCGCCGAUCGGCUGAUCGUCAGGACAGGAGACCACCACGUCGCCGGAGCCCCGAGCGCCGCGGACGAAGCCGAGAACGUAGAAGAAGCCCCGACCGACACGACCGGGAUGAAGUUCGAAGACAUCAUGGGAGCAACCUAGUCAGCGUUGGUUCAAUAGCCGGAGGAUGGGCCGCAGGCGGGCCCACUAAUAAUAGCCGGAAAAGGUGUACCUGCGUCAUCAUGUCCGCUGCCGGAAGGCCCCGCCCAGGGUCCCUCCACCCCCCAAGGCAGAAGGUGGCCAUCACCUUCACGGAAGACGAUUACAGCGAGGACACCGGCGAGGAAGAUGAUCCCAUCGUCAUUGAAGCCCUGAUUGGCAAUGGUAAGAUUCGAAGGACGCUCAUUGAUACAGGUAGUUCCGCUGACAUUAUGUUUUAUGACGCUUAUAAAAGCUUAGGGCUAUCGGUGAAGGACCUGCUUCCCUACGACCAUGAUUUGAUCGGGUUCACGGGGGACAGAGUCCUACCCUUUGGAUAUUUUGAUACUUGCCUUUCCCUGGGAGAUCAUAGGAUUUGUAGGACAAUAAAAGCUCGCUUUCUAGUGGUUGAAUGUCCAACGGCGCACAACGCCAUCCUUGGCAGGCCAAGCCUCAACACCUUCAGAGCGAUCAUAUCCACCCACCACCUGAUGCUUAAGUACCCCUGGGCGGGAAGGGCAGUACCAGUACGCGUCAAUCUCGAAAUGGCAAGGAGCUGCUACAACUCCAGCUGCAGGCUGGCUAGAGAAGAAAGAAAGAGAAAGAAGUCCAAAGCCCACGACCAGCACGACAACUUCCACGUUCAGCACACCAGUUUCAUGACCGACCUCGACCCCCGAGUGGACUAG